AUGUCGAUCGCAUUUGCCAGAGCCCGGGUCUUUCCCUCAAAUAUCGCCCCUCAUCUUCAGCCAGCGAGACUCCGUCUUGACGACGCGUUUUGCCCGACUUAUCGUGAAAAGUCCAUUUUGCCCCUCUCGGUGGACCUCCAGAGCAAAGCCCGCUGGCUCAGCGUGCUCCUACCAUCCUUCCUGUCCUGGGGUGGGAGCAGCACUUCGUCAACGGGGAAAGUCCGGCGAACAGCCUACUUAGACGGGCUGCGCGGUUUUGCGGCUUUCCUGGUGUACUGGGGGCAUCAUGAAUUAUGGGCACACGAUGGCAUGGGCGCUGAGCGGAUCUUUGAGAAUGCGUAUGGCUACGAGAAGCAACACUUCCUGGUCGCGUUUCCGGGAAUUCGCACCUUCUUUUCCGGUGGGCACUUCGCGGUCAGUGUUUUUUUCGUGCUAUCGGGCUAUGUGCUAUCCGCCAAACCGCUGGCGCUGAUCCAAGCGGGUGAAUAUCUUCAGCUGGGUGACAAUCUGUCCUCCGCGCUGUUCCGGCGAUGGCUCCGUCUUCACCUUCCUGUUAUCGCCACCACAUUCAUCUAUCUCACCUUCCUUCACCUCUUCCGUGUCCGCGCAACUCCCGAAUUAAAAGGCACCUAUGGUGAAGAAGUGUGGAACUGGUAUGUUGAGUUCAAGAACUUCAGCUUCAUUUUCCGCGGGGGUGGUGAGCCAUGGUUCACCUACAACUUCCACUCGUGGUCCAUUCCCGUCGAAUUCCGCGGAUCCAUCAUUGUCUAUACGGCUUUGCUAGCCUUUUCCCGCCUUCGCCGGAACAUGCGUCUGGCGGGUGAGGCCGGACUGAUCUUCUACUUUCUCUACAUUGCCGAUGGGUGGUUCGGAGCGCUGUUUAUCUCCGGCAUGCUGCUUUGCGAUCUGGACCUGCUUGCAGCACGCGACAACCUUCCGGACAUUUUCUUGAUGCUGGGGCCGUUCCAGGAGGGGAUCAUCUACUUCCUUUUUGCAGUCAGCAUCUACUUGGGCGGCGUACCAUCUCGCACGUGGGACCUGCAGGCGCUGCGGGAUUCUCCGGGCUGGUACUACCUGUCCUUCUUGAAGCCCCAAGCGGUGUUUGACUACAAGUGGUUUUAUUUGUUUUGGGCGUCCACCUUCAUAGUGACGGCAAUUGGGCGGAUCGGCUGGCUGAAGAGAUUUUUCGAGCUACGCUUCAACCAGUAUCUGGGGCGGAUAUCCUUCGCCUUCUAUCUAGUGCAUGGACCGGUGUUGUGGGUGCUUGGGGAUCGGCUGUAUGCUGCGGUGGGUUGGGUGCGCGAUUCGCAUGCCACAAAUUGUCCCGGGUGGAUCGAUCGCUUCCCGCUCCCCCGCACGGGGCCUCUGGGGUUGGAGGUCAGCUUUCUGGCUACUCAUUUGAUUCUGCUGCCGAUCGUAACCAAAUUGAUCGAUGAACCGAGUGUGCGAUUGGCCCAAUGGCUGUAUCGCCGAGUGACGCGUAGUUGA